AUGACAGCCGUUGAGAAAUUGCGGGCUAUGCUCGCGGAUCCAGAAAAGUUCAUUGCGUGCCCGGGUGUAUACGAUGGCUUCACAGCACGCAUAGCGCUGCAAGAAGGCGUAGACUGUCUAUACAUGACAGGCGCAGGAACGACAAUGUCACGGCUAGGCGCCGCCGACAUGGGCAUUGCCACGCUCAACGACAUGGCCUCGAAUGCAGCUAUGCUAGCCUCGCUGUCGCCCCGCACGCCCCUCAUCGCCGAUGCAGACACGGGGUAUGGCGGGCCCGUCAUGGUCGGCCGCACAGUAUCCUCGUACAUCCGCGCCGGCGUCGCCGGGUUGCACCUGGAAGACCAAAUCGUGAACAAGCGGUGUGGGCACCUCAACGGCAAGCAGCUCGUCAGCACGUCGGAGUUUGAGGCGCGGAUCCGCGCGGCGGUGCUGGCCCGCGAUGCGUCCGGCGGCGACAUUGUCAUCAUUGCCCGCACCGACGCCCUGCAGUCGUUUGGCUACGACGAAGCCAUAACGCGUCUCCGCGCAGCCAUUGCCCAGGGUUCAGACGUUGCCUUUCUCGAGGGCGUCAAUUCGGCCCAAGAUGCGGCUCGCGUUUGCGCCGAUCUCGCGCCCACACCCUGUCUCUUCAACAACGUGCCCGGCGGCGUGUCUCCGGACUUUUCCGUCAACCAGUGCCGCCAGAUGGGGUACAAACUGGCUAUUUUUCCUCUUUUGGCUUGCGAGGUCGUGUACCCUGCUGUGCGCAAGGCGGUGCAGCAAAUGAAGGAGUUGGGCAAUGUGCAGAGUGUCGAGGAGGAUGGUAGGCGGUAUGGGCCUAGGGAGUUGUUUAGGGUGUGUGGAAUGGAUGAGUUGAUUGAUUUCGACGUCAAGGCUGGGGGAUUGAGUUAUAAAGAUGGGGCUUGA